UAGCGACUACAAUGUAACACAGGAUGUUGCAAUUGCAACCAUGUCGCUACCGUCCCGAUCCCGUUAGCUGCAGGAUGACACGCUUCAAGUUCUGUGAAGAAAUUAUUUGUAUUUAUUUAUACCUCAAACACACUGCGCUGCCGUCUCAGUAGGUCAGCGAUUUUCCCUUUCAUUGAAUGAAACUUGGAGAGCGCACGCUGCACAAAAAUAAUGGCGACUAAUCAAGACGGCUGUAGUGUCAAAGUCGCUUUAAGAAUACGUCCGCAAUCAGCCAAAGAGAAAAUCGAAGGAUGCCAUAUUUGUACAUUGGUUACACCUGGGGAGCCACAAGUCAUCCUGGGAAAAGACAAGGCUUUCACAUUCGACUUUAUGUUUGAUAUAGAUGCCAAACAAGACGAGAUCUAUAAAUCUUGUGUGCACAAACUUGUGGAAGGUUGUUUUGAAGGUUAUAAUGCAACAGUGUUUGCUUAUGGGCAGACUGGCUCUGGGAAGACCUACAGCAUGGGUACAGGGUUUGAUGUGAAUAUAACAAUGGAAGAACAAGGAAUAAUUCCACGUGCAGUCAGGCAUCUUUUUGAAGGAAUUGCAGGGAGAAAGCAAGCUGCUCAAGAGCAAGAGAAACAGCCACCAGAGUUCAAAGUGACAGCUCAGUUUCUGGAGCUUUAUAAUGAAGAGAUACUGGAUCUAUUUGAUAAUACACGUGACCUAGAUUCACGGCAGAGGAAAUCCAACAUAAAAAUUCAUGAAGGUGCCAAUGGAACAAUUAACACUAGCGGGGUUGUCUCACGUGUUAUUAAUUCAGAACAAGAGAUGAUACAAUGCUUGAAGCUGGGUGCUCUUGCUCGCAGCACUGCAAGUACACAGAUGAAUGCAGAGAGUUCCCGUUCCCAUGCUAUAUUUACAAUCCACAUCUGCCAAAUGAGGGUCUGCUCCAGACAAGAUAUGGUAAAUGGUGAGGUGAAUGGAGUGGCACAUGAAUCACAACCAGUGAAUGAGUAUGAAACACUCACAGCCAAAUUCCAUUUUGUGGACCUUGCUGGUUCCGAGAGGCUAAAACGCACUGGAGCAACAGGAGAGCGGGCCAAAGAAGGCAUUUCCAUCAACUGUGGUCUGCUGUCACUGGGGAAUGUCAUCAGUGCAUUGGGAGACCAAAGUAAGAAGAGCCAUCAUGUGCCAUACAGAGAUUCCAAACUCACCAGGCUUCUGCAAGACUCUCUGGGAGGAAACAGUCGAACUGUCAUGAUUGCUUGCAUAAGCCCCUCAGAUCGCGACUUCAUGGAAACUCUGAACACUCUCAAAUAUGCAAACCGAGCUCGUAACAUCAAGAACAAAGUUGUGGUCAAUCAAGACAAGACCAGCCAGCAGAUCAGUGCCUUACGAGCUGAGAUUGCUCGGCUUCAAAUGGAGCUGAUGGAAUAUAAGACGGGGAAACGAGUCAUCGGGGAAGAUGGUUCAGAAGGUUACAACGACCUCUGCCAAGAAAAUGCAAUGCUACAGAAAGAAAAUGACACACUGAGAAUGAGAGUAAAAGCCAUGAAAGAAACAAUUGACGCACUAAAUAACAGAGUGACGCAGCUCUUGAGUAAUGAAGCCACUCAGAUAAUAGCCAGUGCAGGAGACAACAAUGAGGAAAUAGGAGCAUUAAUUCAAAACUAUAUUCGAGAAAUACAGGAUCUCAGGACCAAACUACUGGAGAGUGAAGCAAUGAAUGAGUCCCUCCGACACAAUGUAUCUCGAUUGACGUCCAGGUCCUCAUAUUCAGCGGGACUGUCUCCCAUGCCUUGCUCAAUGUCCAGUCUCGUUGGUUCCCUGGAAUCCGAUACUUCUGAAAUUGUUGAAAUGGCAAAAAAAGACUUAGAACUGCUCAAGAAAAGGGAAAGAAUACGAAAAAGAAAUAGCCCAGUGAAAGAGAAAAGAAGAGGAAAUUUACAGCAAGAGAAUUGGGAAGAGACGGAUGACAAUGAAGUGGAAGGGGAGGAGGAGCAUGAAGAAAGUUGCUGUGAAGAUGAGGAAGGUGGAGAUGAUGAAGAAUUUGACAGUGAUGGCAGCAUGGAUGAAACCGAUACAGAAUCAGAAGAAAAGGUUAAUUAUCAGGCUGACCUUGCUGACAUAACUUGUGAGAUUGAAAUCAAGCAGAAACUCAUUGAUGAACUUGAGAAUAGCCAGCGGCGAUUGCAGAUAUUGAAACAGCAGUAUGAGGAAAAACUGAUCCUGCUACAGAAUAAGAUCCGGGACACACAGCUAGAGCGAGACCGUGUUCUCCAGAACCUUGGAUCUAUGGAGUGCAACACAGAAGAGAAAGCCAGCAAGAUUAAAGCAGACUAUGAGAAAAAAUUGAAGGAAAUGAAUAGAGAGCUGCAGAAGCUACAGUUAGCACAGAAAGAACAUGCACGUUUGCUGAAGAAUCAAACUCGAUAUGAACGAGAGCUAAGGAAACUGCAGAGUGAAGUGGCUGAAAUGAGGAAAACAAAGGUAGCACUCAUGAAACAGAUGAGGGAGGAUCAGCAGCGAAUGAGGAUGAUUGAAAGCAAGAGAAACCGUGAGAUUGCACAGUUGAAAAAGGAACAGAGGCGACAAGAAUUCCAGAUCAGGGCUUUGGAGUCUCAGAAACGGCAACAAGAAAUUGUCCUCCGCAGAAAAACGCAAGAGGUUAGUGCUCUACGAAGGUUAGCCAAACCAAUGUCUAACCGAGUCGCUGGUCGUGUAAGCCGGAAGCAGAAUGUCCUGGACUCUGGAACAGAGCUUUCGGCCAGUACCACAUCUUCAGAACCAGAAUCCGCCUCAAAAUCCGUCUCCAAUAUUGUUAAACAGUGGAAUAGAAAGUUAAAUGCAGCCUGGAAUGAGACAGUUUCUGCAGUGAAUGGAACAAGGGCAGCAAGAAAAGUCAAGUAUCAGAAAAAGGGAGUUGGCGAGGGCUUCUCGAAGACAGCCCGGCUAAAAUGGCAGGCACUGGAGUGUAGAAUAUCCGACAUUGUGAUGCAAAGGAUGACUAUUUCGAACUUAGAAGCGGAUAUGAAUCGCCUGCUUGGGAAACGAGAAGAAUUAAAUGGCCUACAUGAAGUGCUACUUGGGAAAAGGGAACGGAUUCUAAAGGAAAAUCCAGAAGAUAAGUCCAUUCAGGAAAUAAAUGAGGAACUCGAGGCUUUAAAUGCGAAUAUCGACUAUAUAAAUGACAGCAUUUUUGAAUGCCAGGCUACCAUAAUGCAGAUAGAGGAGACCAAGGAUGAAAUUAAUUCAACAGACACAUCUGUUGUCAUUAGUUCGUGUUCCUUGGCUGAAGCGCGCCAUCUGCUGGAUCACUUCCUUAAAAUGUCUAUUGACAAGGGCAUGCAGGUCGCUCAAAGAGAGGCUCAGAUCAAGCUGCUUGAAGGUCGAUUAAAGCAAAUAGAUGUGACAGAUUCUGUUCCAACUCAGCUCAUUAACAUAUUGCGGGAAAAAGCUGAGUCUAUUCCUGAACUACAGACAUUACUUCAAAGUGUUUCACAAGAAAAUGGAGAGCUCAGCAGUGAUGAGGAAAUCUCUGAGUGCAGUUCAGGUCUUGAUAGCAGUUUAAUAUCCAGUUCUUAUUCAAAGCGUUCCCUCAGUCAAGGAGAUUUUAGAAUAAAGACAGAGCAAAAAACAGAGUUGCAUUACAGGGAAGGUUAUGGCUCUGCUGUGGACCUGUCCACUUCAAGUCUAAUAAGAUCAGCUGAUAUAAAGGAAAAUGGCUUUAUGUCAAUUGAUGCCCUCUCACGAGUUCCAAAGGAGACAGAAUCCAUUACUCUCCAGCCGAGAUCCGGAAACACUUUUCCCAGGCAAUCUGCUAAAAAGCUACAAGAUACUUCACCACUCUUGAGGAGGAAGUCCUAUGAGAAAGUACAGAUGUCAACUGACAAAUCCAGGACUGAUUGGAGGUCCUCUGAAAUUAAUAUAACUCCUCCUUCUUCUCCUCCAACCCGAGCUCGUAAUGACAGGAAUGUGUUCUCCCGACUCACCAGUACUCAACUUCAGACUUUCCCCGCACAUGACAAGUCUGAUGACAGUGACUCCUCUCUCUCGGAGGUUCCCAGGGGUGUGAUUAAUCCAGUUGGUGGUGCCAAAGGCAGCAGGACUGCCCCACUCCAAUGCAUUUCUGUUGCUGAAGGGCACUCUAAACCUGUGCUGUGUCUGGAUGCGACUAAUGACCUGCUAUUCACAGGCUCGAAAGAUCGAACUUGUAAAGUGUGGAAUUUGGCUACUGGGCAGGAAAUCAGUACCCUGAAAGGGCAUCCAAACAAUGUUGUCUCUGUCAAAUACUGCAGUUACUCCAGUCUCGUGUUUACUGUCUCGACAUCGUACAUCAAAGUUUGGGAUAUCCGAGAGAGCCCCAAAUGCAUCAGGACACUAACUUCCUCUGGUCAGGUGACUUCAGGCGAUGCUUGUGCCAGCACAACCAGUCGCACUGUGAGAAUUGCACAAGGUGAGCACCAGAUCAAUCAGAUUGCACUGAAUCCUGCUGGCACGCUCCUCUAUGCUGCUACUGGCAACUCUGUUCGGAUCUGGGACCUUAAAAAAAUCCAACCUGUUGGGAAACUCACAGGCCACAUUGGUCCAGUAAUGUGCCUCACAGUGGAGAGAAUGGCAACAAAACAUGACUUGGUCAUCACUGGAUCCAAAGAUCACUACGUGAAGAAGUUUGAAAUAGCUGAAAGUACUCUUGGGAAUGUUGGUCCCACUCAUAAUUUUGAACCACCCCAUUAUGAUGGAAUUGAAGCUUUGGCAAUUCAUGCGGAUAUUCUAUUUAGUGGAUCUAGAGACAAUGGAAUUAAAAAAUGGGACCUGGAACGGCAAGAACAAAUACAGCAAAUACCUAAUGCUCACAAGGAUUGGGUAUGUGCUCUGGCAUUUGUCCCUGGUCGUGAUUUGUUGCUAAGUGGUUGCCGAGGAGGAAUGCUUAAAGUUUGGAACAUAGACAACUUUACACCACUGGGAGAGAUCAGAGGCCAUGACAGUCCCAUUAAUGCCAUCUGCACAAACUCCAGCAGGAUUUUCACUGCUUCGAGUGACUGCACGGUAAAAACAUGGAACUCAAAAGGUUUAACAAAUGGGCAUACGUUGGACAUUAGAGACAUUAAUCAGGAAUUGCCUGACAGCAUCUAACUGUACUUAAUUCACCAAACUAUAUUUGAGAAUAUGGUGGAUUGGAAUGAAAUGAAAGUUGUGCUUUCAAGGUUUUCUGAGUAGAGGAAGAAAAGCAUAUUUUGCCAAUGUGACUUGAUGUGCAGCAAGACAAGACUGCAAGCAAUAAUUCUGCAAGUAUCUUGCUCCAAAUUUAUUUCUCGACAGCGUUAACAGUGAUGUCCUUGUAACAAAAAAAAUUGAGCUGCACUCUAGCUUUGUAAGUCAGGCAAAAACAAUGUAAGUCUGAGUGGAGAUUUUUUAUUGUCGCGUUAUUAUCUGCAGUUUACAUCUUAUUACACUUCAGGCUAUUAUCAAUCCCCAUGUUUCCUCCUUGAUCUUAGCCCUCAACUCUCUUUUAUCAUCAUUUAUACUGUUGGGCUAGAUGGAGGAAGACUUCUGUCAAAGAGUAAUUAAAUACUAUGUUAAGCUUUAGAUGCUCAUGUCCUUUAGGCAAACAGAAUAUUCUUCAUCAAAUAUCCUGAAAAUCCUUGUCCUUGGCUUCAACAGUUUUGACAGUAAUUUUACAAUGAAUUGGUGAAAUUUUCAGAGGAAAAACAACAAUGUUUGCAUGGUUGUAUGUCCUCUUGUGCUGGUGGUAAUUAAAUAUUGCAGCUCAUCAUUGUGAUCCCUCGCAGGCAUUAGUAUUGAGUCUACAUACUUAACAGACCAGUUUACUCAGAUCAUAUAUGUAUCCUGGAAUAGCCGGUCUGCAGAAUAGCCUUUUUAAUCCAAAUAAUGAAUAAUCAAACAGAACAUUAUAGUUCAAAGAAAUCUUUCAUAAAACUGCAUAAAUCACAAAGCAACGGUUAUCUGUCACUUUCGCUGACACCUGAAAGGUAGCAAAUUUGAGUUCUUAAUUUUUUCUUGGAACACAUCCCAUCAUCAAACAUCUGUGACUGACAUCACAUCAAUUGAGUGGGGUAGGUAGGGAAAAAACCCUUCAGUGUAAAAUCUGUCAUCAUAAGAAUUAAACAUAGUUUUCACCGGGCUUUGUGCUGCUAUUUCUGUCAGAUAUAUGUGAAUGUUAGACUAGAAAUCAAUGUGUCUGAACACAUUGCCUUCAAUCACCAUGCCUUUGGCAGGUUGAGUGAUGCCAGUGGAAUUGAAUUUCUUGGAUUGAGUUAAAGUAUACCAGUGCACUCAGGAACAAGCUUUUAUCCCCAUUAAGAGCAUUCUUAAGUGUUCAAAUUCUUUCCAUAAAGGUUUAUCUCGAGAGGAUGCCAAUGGAGAUUUCAUGCCUGCAUCCUAUGAGCUUGACAGUGCUCCCCAGAUACAUUGAUAUAGUACUACCACAAAUCUUCAGCCUUCAAGCCUUUGGGUUUAUAGGGUCUUCACUGAUCAGGAUAAGUUGGAUAAUCCUGCAAUGAUUACAGGUGUUGCAACUAUUAUAUUUUUCUAAUCACCUAUAUCCCAUAUCUUCAAUUCUACCUUUAUUCACAUAUUCUUUUCAUAGAAGUACAUAUGACCAUGCUAACCAAAGUGAACAAAGCUUGUAAGCAGCAGUUGAGGUUGCAUAGUUUUGAGAUCUUUGGAGGCUGAUGUUAAUUAUUCACUAAUCAGACUCAGGCUCUGGUCCAUAUGAGUUCCUGUAUCUAAUAGAUUCAGACUUUGUCUGAAUUUUUUGAUGGAGUCAGUGUUAGUAUACCCUUGUUGUUGAAUGCUGUUAAAGGCACUUGUUCAAUUUUGGCUUUUUCAAGCCAAACAAUUGUAUGCAAAGAUCACAACUCACAGGAAUUCUCACUUCUCCUACCUCCAGUAGUUCUAAGCAAACAAUUCAGCUCUUUGACUCUCCCUUUAAUCCCUAUGGGAAGUUAUUGAUAUUAACAUUAUCAAUGUUACAGUAUUUGUUUAUCUGAGCAGUUCCUUUGAGCAAUAUGUACUGGAUGCAGAAUAAAGGCAUGAUUUGUAACUACCUGUCCCAUUUGAUGGAAAAACAUAAGGUUUCCUUCAAAAGCUGUAGAUAAGUAAAAUCACCAUUUUUAUUUUUUCUCUUUGUCCCGUGGAUCCAUGUGGCUUAUGCAAUAUUAGCAAAAUUAUUUUAUUUAUUUCUUAGAAAUAAUGGACUGGAUUUUAUGUGCCCCAAUCAUCCUGCACUCCCCCCCCUCCUGAGUUCCAUAAUAUGCUAGAUGGUGAGUGCCAAAAUUGGUUGUCAUCCUCCAUAUUUUAAAAAAAAAUCUAUAUUAACGAACCUGUUGACUUGAAUAAUACUGUGCUCAUGCCAUAAUACAACUGAAGCAAAGUCAGUGAGAGUGUGCAUGCCAUUUAAAAGGCCUACUUCAACAAAAGGGGAAAGGUUUUGGGGUUAUACCACAUUAAGAAUUUACCAAAACUCAACCCUUAUCUGCCUGCCUGACUCCAGGAUCCUUCCUCCACCAGUAAUAUGGCCAUGCUAAGUUGCUGAGUAGUGUCCAGGGAUGUGCAUGCUACAUGGCUUAGCCGUGGUAAAUGCAGGGUUACGGGAAUAGGGUGGGGUGCUGAGUCUAGACGGGAUGGUCUUCGGAGGGUCGGUGUAGACAUGAUGGGCUGAAUAGCCUCUUACUGCACUGUAGGAAUACCUUGGGACUUAGCUUCUUGGGCAGCCAUUAGAUUUCUCCUGCUCAUUCCAAAACUCACUCCAAUGCCCACUACACAAUGCUGGAGCUGCCAGGAGUGGCUGACACCUCCUGGGUGGGGGAAGGACCAUUCUGCCAAGUAGGAACCAAUGUCCCAGAAUUGGAAAUUUAUGGCUUGCUAGCACCAAGCCAGCUUCCAGCAAACUUUCCUUCCAAGAAGUGAAUUGUCCUCUCACUGGGUAAAAUCCCACCCAAAAUCUCUUUUUAUUUGCCUUGUAGGCUUCAGGGAAUUAUUUUACGUUGUAUCUUGUGAUGGAAAAACCUUUCUUUUACUGUUCCUUAUAUAUUGAAUUGAUCUUAAUCAUCGUACAAGAUCAGAAUGGAACAUUUUAUUUGAGAGAAGAUUUUUUGGUUGAUUCAUGUUUUAUAUCUAUGUAUAUCUCUAUAUAAAAAUGAAACUUUCUUGCCACAACUCAAGAAACAUGGCCAUAAGUAUCCUCUCUGACACCUUAAAUAUGUUAGGAGCAUGUAAAUUUUUGAUAUCAGCAAUGUUGCUUUGUUGGACAGAAUUGUGUGUAAAUUAUUUCAUGUUUGCAGUUGUAGGUAUUCUGUACUUCUCUUUUGAUCAGAACACUGUAAUAUUAUUUCGUCUGCUGUACUGAGCCAUUUGAAAAGAAUUGGCCACUGAAAUAUAUCUGACUUGAAAAUGUUUGUGUGUGAAAAGUUGUUCACAUUGCAUUUUGAUUAGAAUUCAGUAAGUUUAGAAGUCAGGUUUAGAAAUUACCUGUAAAUAAAAAGGUAGUAUAAUGUUUUGGCAUAUUAAUGUUUGCAAUUAAAAAACACAUAAUAUUUUACUGUAAUACAGCAGUGUAUGUAUUUAGCAAAACAAAAUUAAAACUGGGGCCAACAAAGAAGUAAAAAGUGCCCAGAUAUAA